AUGCAGCAAGCUGGGCCACGAUACGAGAGGGGUGGCGGAUCUGGAGCUGCUUCUGGAUCUACAAGUGGUGGUGUUGGAGGCAGUGGUGGACCACAGGCUUCGAUGUUCAGAAGGAGUCAGUCACAAGUCCCCGAGAGGGUUAGGGGCUACCACCUAGGUUUGAGCAGUGCUCCACGGCAGCAAAGGAUUGAUACCGGCCCAUGGACUGUCAAGGGGAGGACAUCAAGAGAGCUUCUAGGGAGGGCAUGGGCGAAGGCGUGCCAUGCUGUCGGUAUUCCCGGCCGGAAAGUCGAUGACCCAUACUUUAAAGCUGCGAUUGUGGAGACCCAGAAACAAGGUGUUGGAAUCAAAAUACCAUCAGGGAGGGAGAUAGAUGGAAAAUAUUUGGAUGAGAAUGUGAAGGAGAUAGAGAAAGAGAUAGAGAAGUGGAAGAACGAGUGGGAUGAAUGUGGAGUCACGAUCAUGUGUGAUUCGUGGACGGGGCCUAUGCGUAACUCGGUCAUUAAUUUCUUGGUGUAUAUCGGUGGCACCAUGUAUUUCUUGAAGUCCAUCAAUGCGUCCGACAAAAUACAGGACCAUCAAUACUUGUUGAAGGAGAUACGAGCAGUGGUCAUGAAAGUGGAGCCUCACAAUGUGGUUCAGCUUGUCACGGAUAAUGGUUCGAACUACAAAAAAGCCUGCAAAAUUCUCUGUCACGAGUUCCCUACCAUUGCAUGGCAGCCUUGCCUUGCCCAUACCAUCAACCUUAUGCUGAAGGACAUAGGGAAGUGGCCGGAGCAUGAUGCUUGUAUUCGAAGCGCGCAACGAAUUUGCAGCUGGCUCUACAACUCCAACAGUUUACACAGCAUGAUGAGGGAAGCCAUCGGUGGAGAGUUGGUCAGGUGGAAUGUAACAAGAUUUGGGACCAACUACAUGUUCCUUGAAAGCAUGUAUAAGAAGAAGGACCAGUUCAUGACAUGGUUAGUGUCACCUGAGUUCUGACGGUCCCGCCACUUCAAAAGUGAAACUGGAAGGUACAUUUACGAAUGCAUCACAAGUCU